AUGGACUGCAAGAAGUUCAUCCAGAUGGUGGAGGAGAAGAAGAGAAAACUUCUGGAGAAGAAAGAAGCUCCUCUGAAAUGGCAGCAGAAGCUGGAGGCUGCUGCAAACGCUACGGAGACCAAAGAAAAGAAGUCAAAGGGCAGUAAGCGAAAACACAGGGGUGCCUCUGAAUCUAGCUCUGAAAGUGAUACUAGCUCUGAGGUGAGAAGAAAGUCUAGAAGAAGUCACAGCAAGCACCGAAGACAUGCACACGUUGAUUCAGAUGACAGUGAUAGGAGGAAAGAGAAGAGAUCCAGGAGGCAUAGGAGAAGGUCCUCAAGUCCAAGCGAUGAUAGCAGUGACGAGUAUGAAAGCGGGUCAGAGGACGAGCUCAGGAGGCACCACCGUAGACACAAGUCGCAUAGCUCAAGACAGACUUAUGGUGAUGACAAUGCCGAAGAUGUGAGAAGAAGACAUGUGAAGCAUCACAGGCACAGUGAGGUGGUCACUUCAAGUGAUAGCGAGGAAGAGAGAGGAAGAAGAAAACGUGGCAAGUAUCACAGGCGCAGCAGAGGUUCAGCCUCAUCCAGCGACUCGGAGGAUAGCGGGAAGAGUAGAAAGAGAAGGCAGCGUAAAAGGCCUCGAUCGGUAGAGUCUUCAAGCGAGGAAGAGGGAGAAGUGACAAGGACAAGGCAUUCGAGAAUUGAGACUGAUGAGAAAUGA